UAACCCGUAUCGGCUGGACGGCUCCGAGUAGAGGUGUCGCAAUCCGGUAUUUUUUAACAAUUUUUACCUUUUCGAGUAAAGUGUUCUUAUUUAUCAGCUGGUGUUUGUUUUUGUUUAAUUUUCAUUUUUAUAGUAUACAGUGAUAAACUAGUGAGCCAAUAUUCAAGUGAAGUGCUAUUAUUUUCUUUGAAGAACAUGUUGAUUUGAAGGAUUAAAAUAUUACAGAAAAAAAGUCCACAGAUCAUUCAGUUGGCAUGAGGAUAAAAAUACACGCGGCCAUUCUAUUGGUCGUUGCUUUACCAUACGUCUUAUCUCAGAUUCAAACUCCUGGAACAGGACUUUUUUCUUGUCCAUCUGGUUGGGAGCUAAAAGGAUUACAUUGCUAUAAAUUUUUUAGCAUAAAACAUUCAUGGGAAAAUGCGGCUCAGCUUUGUAACCGUUAUGGAAGUGAUUUGGUACUAAUUGAAUCAUAUGCUGAAAAUAACUAUACCGCUUCGUUGGCAAGGCGAAGUCUUAGUCCAGCCGAUAGAAACAACCAACGAUAUUGGUUGGGUUUAGCUUCAUUAGACGAUCUCAGAACAAAUACUCUAGAAUAUGCCGGAGGAGUUUUAGUUUCUCAAUACUCCGGAUUCUGGUCAUUAUCUCAACCUGAUCCAUCAUCGGGUGAAUGUGUUGAUGUAACUGUGACUGAUGAUCAACAAUCUUGGGAAUUGCAGACUUGCGAAUCACUUUUACCAUUUUUAUGCCGUGCCAAUGCCUGCCCAACAGGUUCGUUUCAUUGUUCUAAUGGACGAUGUAUUAACUCUAUUUUCAAAUGUGACAAACAAAAUGACUGUGGCGAUUGGUCAGAUGAAUUAGAUUGUUCCUCGAACUGUCAUUAUUACAUGGCUAAUAGUGGCGAUGUUGUUGAAUCUCCAAAUUAUCCCCAUAAAUACGAGUCCCUUGCAAACUGUAAAUGGACAUUAGAAGGUCCACAAGGGCAUAAUAUUUUGCUUCAGUUCCAAGAAUUUGAAACAGAAAAAUCCUUUGAUACAGUACAGAUAUUAGUUGGUGGUCGAACUGAAGAUAAAGCCGUAAAUUUAGCUACUUUAUCUGGAAAAUUAGAUUUAAGUAAUAAAAUGUUUGUAUCGGCAUCGAAUUUCAUGAUUAUUAAAUUUAGCACUGACGCUUCGGUUGAGCGCAAAGGAUUCAGGGCAUCAUGGAAAACAGAGCCUCAAAUAUGUGGGGGCAAUUUAAGAGCUACUUCACAACCACAAACAUUGACCUCUCCCGGAUUUCCUAACAAUUAUCCUGGAGGAUUGGAGUGUUUAUACAUGAUUACUGCUCAAGUGGGAAGAAUAAUCACAUUGGAAAUCGAAUCGCUAGAUUUGGAACAAAAUAGAGAUUUCAUACUGAUAAGAGAUGGAGAUUCACCAAAAAGUCAACCAAUUGGUCGACUGACUGGAUCUAUAGAUAAUAAUCCUAAAUUAAUAAUGUCAACUGGAAAUCAAAUUUACCUAUACUUUAAAACUAGUUUAGGUGAUAGUAAAAAAGGAUUCAAAAUUAAGUAUUCACAAGGAUGCAAAGCUACUCUCAUAGCUACAAACGGUACUAUUUCAUCACCAACUUAUGGUAUAGCUAACUAUCCGAGCAACUUAGAGUGUCUCAUCAAAGUCAAAAAUCCUUCAAUGAGUCCAUUAUCAUUGAAAUUUGAUUCUUUUACUGUUCACCAAUCUGAUUUUGUUCAAGUAUAUGAUGGAGGAAGUACUAGUGGACUACGAUUACAUUCCAAUGAUGGGUUUACUGGAAAUUCACCACCUAAGAUAACUCUAACAGCAGCUAGUGGAGAAAUGUUAGUUAGAUUUAUGACUGAUGCUUUACACAACCAAAAAGGAUGGCAAGCUACUUUUUCAGCUGAUUGUCCACCAUUGAAACCCGGAGAAGGCGCAUUAGAGUCAAAUAGAGAUACAGCAUUUGGAACAGUUGUUAUGUUUACUUGCCCUGUAGGACAAGAGUUUGCAACUGGAAAAUCAAAAAUUACAACUGAAUGCUUAAUCGGAGGAAAUUGGUCAGUUUCAUAUAUUCCAAAAUGCCAAGAGGUUUACUGUGGUCCUGUUCCUCAAAUUGAUAAUGGAUUUUCAACUGGAUCGACUAAUGUAACAUAUCGAGGACAAGCUAUGUAUCAGUGUUAUGCUGGUUUUGCUUUUCCUUCUAAUGAACCUAUAGAAAAAGUAUCAUGCCUGGCUGAUGGGCACUGGGAAAGAUUACCAACAUGCUUAGCAUCACAAUGUCCACUACUCGCGGAAACACCACAUGCAAAUAUUACUAUUUUAAAUGGAGGAGGUCGCAGCUAUGGUACUAUUGUUAGAUUCCAGUGUGAAUCUGGAUACGUACGAUCCGGACAUCCAGUGAUUUUAUGUAUGAGCAAUGGUACUUGGUCUAGCGGUGUUCCAAUUUGUUCUCGUGCUGAAUGUGCAAAAUUACCUGAAAUUGCAAAUGGAUUUGUAAUGGACCAAACACGCAAAUACUUCUAUGGAGAUGAGGCUCGAGUUCAAUGUCACAGAGGAUUUAAACUUUCAGGGGGAUCGUCAAUUAUUAAAUGUGGAGCAAACCAAACAUUUAUAAAUGUUCCAAAAUGUGAAGAUGUAAAUGAAUGUGCUACCAGUCAAUGUGAUUUAGCAUCAACCGAAUGCGUUAAUAGUGCAGGAUCAUUCCAUUGCAAAUGUAAACCUGGAUUUGCACCUGCAAUGGAUUGUCGACCAAUUGGAGAUCUCGGUUUAAUUAAUGGAGGAAUUUCCGAUGAUUCUAUAACUGUAUCUGGUGCUGAGCAGUCGUACACAAAAGAGAUGAUACGAUUAAACACAAUGCGAGGUUGGUGUGGCACUCAUGUUGAACCUGGUGACAAUUGGGUAAUGUUUGACUUAAGAGCACCAACUGUUAUUCGUGGAUUCAGAUCACAGGGAAUAAUGAGAGGCUCAAAUAAAUUCGCAUUUACAUCAGCUAUUCGAAUUCAAUAUUCUAAUAAUUUAACUGACGUAUUUAGGGAUUAUGCAAAUCCUGAUGGCACGGCAGUAGAGUUUCGUAUAUCGGAACCAACUUUGUCAGUCCUUAAUUUCCCAAUACCAAUUGAAGCUCAAUAUAUUCGUCUUAAGAUUCAAGAUUACGUAGUUGCACCAUGUUUAAAACUCGAAUUAGUUGGAUGUACUAGAUUAGAUUGUGUUGAUAUUAAUGAAUGUGCAAUCAACAAUGGUGGUUGCCAACAAAAAUGUAUUAAUAAUCCAGGAAGUUAUGCGUGUUCCUGUAAUAUUGGUUAUGAGCUUUAUGUUAAAAACGGAACGGCUGGAUUUUCAAUUAAUGAAUUCGAAACUGGUGAAAGAGAUGGGGAUGUAUAUCAAAGAAAUAAAACAUGCGUUCCUAUAAUGUGUCCUACUCUAGUAGUUCCUGAAAAUGGUAUUAUUCUUUCUACAAAAGAUUCAUACCAUUUUGGAGAUUUAGUUAGUUUCCAAUGUAAAUUUGGCUACAUUAUGUCUGGUUCAUCGUCUCUUUUAUGUACUUCAACUGGCAUUUGGAAUGGAACAGUACCACAAUGUCAAUUUGCAAAGUGUGUAUCUCUUCCUGAUGAUAAAAUAGAAGGUUUGAAAGUAAGUCGCUUUGAAAAAGAUGCUGUUCUUGUACCAUUUAAAGAAAAUGUUACCUUAAAAUGUGAAAACCCUGGACGUGUUCUUCGAGGAACAGCUAGUUCAGGUUUCAGACAGUGUGUAUAUGAUCCAAAACCAGGUUUUCCGGAUUACUGGUUAUCUGGAAUAACCCCUUCGUGCCCAAGAGUAGAUUGUGGUGUUCCAAUGCCUACAGCAGGAGCCGAAUACGGUAAUUUCAAGGAUUCAAGAUAUCAGUCUUCAUUUUUCUUUGGAUGUCAAGAUACAUUUAAGUUAGCCGGACAAACUGAUAAGAACGACAAUGUUGUUCGCUGUCAAGCUAAUGGCGUUUGGGAUUUUGGUGACUUACGGUGUGAAGGUCCAGUAUGCCAAGAUCCUGGUAGACCAACUGAUGGAUAUCAAUUAGCCACAAGUUAUGAACAAGGAUCUGAAGUGCGAUUUGGUUGUAAUAAGCCUGGAUAUAUAUUAAUCAAUCCACGACCAAUUUCUUGUAUUCGUGAACCAGAAUGUAGAGUUAUUAAACCAUUGGGUAUUACUUCCGGAAGAAUACCAGAUUCGGCUAUUAAUGCUACUUCAGAAAGACCAAAUUAUGAAGCAAGGAACAUUCGUUUAAAUUCGGCAACUGGUUGGUGCGGUAAGCAAGAAGCAUUUACUUAUGUCAGUGUAGAUCUUGGACAAGUUCACAGGGUUAAGGCAAUCCUUGUCAAAGGUGUUAUUACCAAUGAUAUUGUUGGACGUCCCACUGAAAUUCGUUUCUUCUAUAAACAAGAGGAAAAGGAAAACUUUGUUGUUUACUUUCCUAAUUUCAAUUUAACUAUGAGAGAUCCUGGUAACUUCGGAGAACUUGCAAUGAUUACUUUACCCAAGUUUGUUCAAGCAAGAUUCGUUAUUUUGGGAAUCGUAAGCUACAUGGAUAAUGCAUGUUUGAAAUUUGAAUUGAUGGGUUGUGAAGAACCUAAAGUUGAACCUCUAUUAGGUUUUGAUUAUGGUCAUUCACCAUGUGUUGAUAACGAACCACCGAUUUUCCAAAAUUGUCCAACUCAACCAUUAUUGGUACGCCGUGGACCAAAUGGAAUUGAACCAGUUAAUAUAACAGAACCCAUCCCUAUUGAUAAUAGUGGUAGUAUAGCUAGACUUGAAAUAAAACCUCAAAGUUUCAAAUUACCAUUUUACACUUUCCAAGACACUGCUGUCAAGUAUGUAGCAUUCGAUUUUGAUGGAAACGUAGCAAUAUGUGAAAUUAAUAUUACAGUGACAGAUGAAACACCACCUCAAUUGAGUUGUCCACAAAGUUAUGUUAUUGAAUUAGUAAAUCAACAAGAUAAUUAUUUAGUGAACUUUAACGAAACUCGCCGCAGAAUAAAUGUUACAGAUGCUUCAGGAGAAGUUUCACUUGUAUUCAGCCCAGACCGUGCUUCAAUUGCUAUUGGAGAUUUUGAAAAUGUAACAGUUACGGCCACAGAUAAAUUUGGAAAUAAAGCGUCGUGUUACUUCCAAGUAUCAGUACAAGCUACUCCUUGUGUCGAUUGGGAACUAAAACCACCUUCAAAUGGAGCUUUGAAAUGUCUACCGUCUGAUGAUGGUUUAGAAUGUAUAGCUACAUGUAAUGCUGGAUUUAGAUUUACUGAUGGCCAACCAGCAAAAUCAUUUAUUUGUGAACCAAGAAGUCCAUGGUCUCCAACAUCAGUAGUGCCAGAUUGUGUUUCAGAAGAUACACAGCAAGCAGACUAUCAUGUAAUCCCAUCAAUAACAUAUCGUGCUAAUGGUGCUGUACCAUCAUUAUGUCUUGGACAAUAUGUGGAUAUCUUGAGUCAAUAUUAUGAAUCACUUAACAAUAUAUUAACUGAAAGGUGUUCUGCUGUUAAAGUCAACAUGAAUGUUUCAUUUAUUGACACUAAACCACAGUUAUUAGAUGAAAAUUUAGUUCAGGUCGACUUCGUUUUGGGUGUACGUCCAGAAGUACGUCAACCUCAAUUAUACGAUUUCUGUGGUUCAACAUUAAAUUUGGUGUUUGAUUUGAGUGUUUCAUAUGCUAGUGCAGCUAUUGAAUCACUAUUAAACAUUUCAGCAGUUGCAAAUCAAUGUCCUCCAUUGAAAGCUCUUAGAUCGUCAGUAUCUAAAGGAUUUGCUUGCAAUAUUGGGGAAGUUCUUAAUAUGGAUACAAACCAAGUUCCUCGAUGCCUACAUUGUCCUGCUGGAACAUAUGCUGGAUUAAAACAAACAAGUUGUAUGCCAUGCGCUCGUGGGUACUAUCAAGAUAGAGAUAGACAAGGAGCUUGCACAAGAUGUCCAAAUGGAACGUACACUAAAGAAUUAGGAUCUAAAGAAUUAAUUGACUGUAUUCCAGUUUGUGGAUAUGGUACUUACUCGCCAACUGGACUUGUUCCUUGCUUAGAAUGUCCAAAAAAUAGUUAUACAGCUGAACCACCAACAUCUGGCUUUAAAGAGUGUCAAUCGUGCCCAACCAGUAUGUAUACUUACCAACCUGCUGCAUCCAACAAAGAAUUUUGCAGAGCCAAAUGUCCUCCUGGUCAAUAUUCUGAAACUGGAUUAGCUCCUUGUUCACCUUGCCCAAUGAACUUUUUCCAACCUUUAAGUGGACAAACAGUGUGCAUAGAAUGUCCAACGAAUAUGAGAACUAAAGGCGUGGGAGCUGCUGGACGUGAUGAAUGUCAGUCUCUUGUUUGUACAGAAAACUCAUGUUUACAUGGUGGACUGUGUGUUCCACUUGGUCAUAGUGUUCAAUGUUUGUGUCCAGCUGGAUUUUCUGGAAAAAGAUGCGAAAUUGAUAUUGAUGAAUGCGCAUCUCAACCAUGUUAUAACGGAGGUUCAUGCAUAGAUCUUCCUCAAGGUUAUCGCUGCCAAUGUAAAAAUGGAUUCAAUGGCAUAAAUUGUCAAGAAGAAAAGUCCGAUUGUAGAAAUGAUACUUGUCCUGAAAGAGCAAUGUGUAAAGAUGAACCGGGAUUUAAUAAUUAUACGUGUCUUUGUCGUAGUGGUUACACGGGUUCAAAUUGUGAUACGACUAUUAAUCCAUGCUUAGAACCAAAUAAUCCAUGUAAAAAUUCAGCAACAUGUACUGCUCUUAAACAAGGUAGAUACAAAUGUGAAUGUCAGCCAGGAUGGGAAGGAGUACAUUGUGAUGUGAACAUUGACGAUUGUGCGGAACGUCCAUGUUUAUUGGGAGCAGCUUGUACUGAUCUUGUGCAUGACUUUAAGUGUGCAUGUCCACCGGGUUUUACUGGAAAACGAUGUGAAACCAAAAUCGAUAUAUGUGAAGCCGAUCCAUGCCAAAAUGGUAUAUGUAUUGAUAAACUAUUUAGCCAUCAAUGUGUCUGUCAUCCAGGAUGGACUGGCAAUGCAUGUGAAAUCAAUAUUGAUGAAUGUGCAAGCAAUCCUUGUGGAAAUAAUGGAGAUUGUACAGACUUAGUAAACGGUUAUUCAUGUUCUUGUGACGUUGGAUAUACCGGUAAAAAGUGUCAGCAUCUGAUUGAUGAUUGUGCUUCUGAACCUUGUCAAAAUGGAGGAUCAUGUAUAGAUAUGUUGGAUGGAUUUGUAUGCCGUUGUAGACCUGGAUUUUUAGGUCUCCAAUGUGAAGCUGGUAUCGAUGAAUGUUUAAGUGAUCCGUGCAGUCCAGAAGGAACAGAUCAAUGUAUAGAUUUGGACAACAACUACAAAUGUAUGUGCCAUCCUGGUUAUACUGGUAAUAUGUGUGAAAAGAAUAUCGAUGAUUGUGCUUCAAAUCCUUGUAUGAAUAAUGGUAAAUGUAUCGAUGGUAUUAAUAAUUUUUCCUGUCAAUGUCCACCUGGAUGGACUGGUAAACGAUGUGAAAACGAUAUAAGUUCUUGCCAUAGUAAACCUUGUCACAACGAUGCGACUUGUAUUAACUUAUUCCAGGAUUACUUCUGUGUAUGCCCAUCUGGAACAGACGGAAAACAAUGUGAAACAGCUCCAGAACGCUGUAUUGGUAAUCCUUGUAUGCAUGGUGGUAGCUGUCAGGACUUUGGAUCCGGGUUAAAUUGCACAUGUCCAAAUGAUUAUAGUGGAAUUGGAUGUCAAUAUGAAUUCGACGCAUGUCAAGCUAAUGUUUGUAAAAAUGGAGCUACUUGUGUCGAUAAUGGGCCUGGCUAUCAAUGUAUUUGUCCUCCCGGAUUUACUGGCAAAAACUGCGGUGAAGAUAUUAUUGACUGUAAGGAGAAUUCAUGUCCACCAUCAGCUACUUGUAUCGACCUUACUAAUAAGUUCUAUUGUCAAUGUCCAUUUAACUUGACAGGAGAUGAUUGUAGAAAAACAAUCCAAGUGGACUAUGACUUUAGUUUCCCAGAUGAAACUUUAAGUAGUGCAGCACUUUCAGUCCCGUUCCAAUUUGCUGGAAAUCGAGAUAGUUUUACUAUAGCUAUGUGGGUUCAAUACUCCCAAAAAGAUGAACCAGGAGUAUUCUUCACGCUUUACAGUGUUACUUCACCACAUGUAGUUAGAGAACAGAAAGUAAUCCUACAAGCUCAUGCUAGCGGUAUAGAAGUGUCAGUAUUUUCAGAACUCCAAGAUGUAUUUUUACCCUUCAACGAAUAUACUACAAUUAACGAUGGCCAAUGGCAUCACAUUGCUAUUUUAUGGAAUCAAGGAACUUUAACAUUGAUCACUGAAGGUUUAAUUGCUAGUAAAAUGGAAGGUUAUGGCACCGGAAGAAAGUUGCCAGAAUUUGGUUGGGCUGUACUCGGUAAACCAAAAACAGAUAAAAAAACAUUCACAGAAACCGGAUUCAAAGGACAAUUAAACAAAGUACAAAUUUGGGGACGAGCGCUUGAUGUAACAAAUGAAAUACAAAAACAAGUGCGCGAUUGUAGAACUGAACCAGUACUUUACCAAGGUUUGGUACUUACAUGGGCUGGAUAUGAAGACAUUCAAGGAGGCGUCGAAAGAAUAGUUCCAUCAAGAUGUAGUCAGCACUCUUGUCCAGCAGGAUACACGGGACCAAACUGCGAAGAACUGAAAAUUGAUAAGAUCCCACCACAAGUAGAAUAUUGUCCAGGUGAUUUAUGGGUGAUUGCUAAAAACGGAUCAACAGUGGUGAAUUGGGAUGAACCUAAAUUUACUGAUAAUGUUGGUGUAAUUCGCGUUGAAGAAAAAAGCGGUCACAAGCCUGGUCAAACAUUACUCUGGGGAACCUAUCGUGUUGCAUAUGUAGCUUUCGAUGAAGUCGGUAAUACGGCUGUUUGCUCUUUUAGUGUAUACGUUAUAUCUGAGUUCUGUCCAAUAUUAGCAGACCCUAUUGGAGGAAAACAAACAUGUAAAGAUUGGGGUUCUGGAGGACAAUUUAAAGUUUGUGAAAUAAGUUGUAACUCAGGACUUAGAUUCUCACAAGAUGUUCCGAAAUUCUACACUUGUGGAGCUGAAGGAUUUUGGAGACCUACUAAAAAUCCAUCUUUACUAACCGUAUAUCCGGCUUGUUCUGCAUCUAAGCCAGCUCAACGAGUAUUUAAGGUUAACAUGAAAUUCCCUACUUCAGUAUUAUGUAACGAAGCCGGUCAAGGAGUAUUAAGACAAAAAGUCCGAAAUGCUAUUAACUCGUUAAAUAGAGAAUGGAACUUGUGUUCAUAUUCUCUUAAAGGUACUCGUGAAUGUAAAGAUUUAAAUAUUGACGUAAAAUGUGACCAUAAAACUGCAAGGCCUGCAAGAGAUAUCAAUUCACUAUUAAUAAGGGAAAAAAGACAAGCCAGUGACACUUAUUCUGUGCAAAUUUCCUUCCCUGCCAUUAAUGAUCCUGUAGUAAAUGGAAACUCUAAUCAGAGAACAAAUGUACAGAGACUGUUAGAAAAACUUAUUCUCGAAGAAGAUCAGUUUGAUGUGCAUGACAUUUUACCUAACACAGUUCCUGACCCUGCUUCCUUGAGCUUAGAGUCUGAUUAUGCGUGCCCAAUUGGUGAAGUUGUGAUGGCACCAGAUUGCGUACCUUGUUCCGUCGGAAGCUACUUUGAUAAGGAUACAAAAUCCUGUAUUCCAUGUGCUGUGGGUUCAUACCAAAGUGAAUCUGGUCAACUACAGUGUUCCGUAUGUCCAGCUAUUGCCGGCCGCCAAGGAGUGACAGUUACUACUGGCGCUCGUUCAGCAUCUCAGUGUAAAGAACGAUGUCCGGCUGGUAAAUAUUAUGAUGACGAAGCUGGUCUGUGUAGGAGUUGUGGUUAUGGUUUCUAUCAACCUUCAGAAGGAAGUUUUAAAUGCUUAUUAUGUGGUCUCGGCAAAAUAACCAGAACAACUGAAGCUGUAUCUCAAGAGGAAUGUAGAGACGAAUGUGCUGAUGGAAUGCAUUUGGGAGCCGAAGGAGAAUGUGAACCAUGUCCAAGAGGAACGUACAGGACACAAGGAGUCGAACCUGCAUGUCAACAAUGUCCAACUGGAAGAACCACUAAACAAUCUGGUUCAUCCACAAUUGAAGAAUGUUCUCUACCAAUUUGUGUUCCAGGUUUUUACUUGAAUACUACACAAAAUAGCUGUAUUUCAUGUAAGAAGGGAACUUAUCAACCGGCUACUCAACAGACCAGUUGUUUGCCAUGUCCGCCAAAUAUGAGUACAAAGACUGUAUCAGCUACGAGCAAAUCUGAAUGUUGGAACCCAUGUGAUGCAAAUGUAGCCGGAAAACAUUGUGACAUAAAUGCUGACUGUCUGUUAAUACCAGAAACAUCAGACUUUAAAUGUGAAUGCCGACCAGGUUUUAAUGGUACCGGUAAAGUGUGUAAAGACGUGUGUGAAAAUUAUUGUGAAAAUAAGGGUACAUGUGUCAAGGAUCUUCGCGGUCAACCAUCUUGUAGAUGUGUGGGAUCAUUCAUAGGACCACAUUGUGAGGAUAAAUCUGAUUUUGCAUACAUUGCUGGUGGAAUCGCUGCAACUGUCAUAUUCCUUAUUGUCAUCGCGCUGUUCGUAUGGAUGAUAUGUGCUCGUUCUGAACGAGUUAAAGAACCCAAAAAACUCAUGGCUCAAACAAAUGACCAAACUGGGUCUCAAGUGAACUUCUAUUAUGGUGCUACUCCUUACGCUGAGUCCAUAGCACCAUCACAUCACUCUACUUAUGCGCAUUAUUAUGACGACGAAGAGGAUGGAUGGGAAAUACCUAAUUUCUAUAAUGAAACCUACAUGAAAGAAGGUCUACACAACGGAAAAAUGAAUAGUUUAGCUAGAUCAAAUGCUAGCAUUUAUGGUAAUAAAGAAGACUUGUACGAUAGACUUAAAAGACAUGCUUACAAUGGUAAAAAAGAUAAGAGUGAUACUGAAAGCGAAUGCCAGUGAAUAGACUAAAUAAUUAACUAGUUGCUCAAAAGUAAAAAUGAUAUAUUAAGUCAAGAGAAGAUUUGCGUCCAUUAGUUAAUAACCCAUGAAUACUCUACAUUUUUAAGUUCCAUUUAAAUAGAAUAAUAAUUGGCUAGGACGUUAACCGAACAUCAGACUUUUCUUCAAGAUAAAAUAUAAACCUAUUAAUAAAUUUUAUUUUAUGAAAAUUUAGUGUCAUAAAGUAUACGAUAAUAUUUGUAUGUAAUUUGUAAAUAUAUAUUAUAAAUAUAACUGUUGUUAUUUUAAUGAAAUGUAAUGUUGUGUAUCAAAUUUAGUGAAUACACAAGACUAUAGACUCUCACACCAUAUUUUGUACAGGAAGACAUAGUCAUUAUUAUUGUUUAAUUGUCUCGAAUAUUGAACUUUAAUUAGUAUUAUUAUUUAGAUUUUAAGGUAAAAACGAUGAAUUAAUUUAUUUGUUAAGGUUUUUUUUUACUUUUAUUUUUUACCAUUGAAUAAAUGACAAAAACAAAUAAAUAUAUAUAAAUAAUAUA